GGCCCGCCGCCACCCAGCCCGCGCCCCGGGCGCCACCCAUGCUGCCGCCGCGGCAGAGCCGCAAGGCCGGGCCCGGACAGGAGGCUCGUAAGGGCCAGCGCAGGUAUCUUCAGAACGGGCGGGCCUCGCCGCCACAGCAACCGGAAAGCUACCGGGUUGGGGAGAAAGGAAAUGGGGGUCUAAGCUCCGCCUCCCGGAAACCGUCCAGCUCAACACCUAUUACCGCCCACUCGGGCCCGGUGCGUCCCGGAGGCUUUCACCAGGCACUAUUAUGUGGUAUACUUGUUACAUGUCCUGAGGAUCCACUGAGGUUUUUAGAGGGAAUGAUCAUGGUUAUAAUCAAAAGUGGUCUUCAGAAUCUUCUUUGGGAUAUGUGCAUUGCUCCAUCAAUGAAACCAAACAUUCGAAGAUUGUCUGAAACUUACCUGGAACAACUUUUUGAAUUGGAUGAUCAGCUGAUGACUCCAGAAUUGAUGAUAAAAGCAUGUAGCUUUUAUACUGGACAUUUAGUAAAGACUCAUUUUUGCACUUGGAGAGACAUCACUCAUACAAAUCAAAAUGUUGUCCUGGCUGAUAAAAUGAACAGAGCAGUGACACGUUACAAUUUCAGACUUCAAAAAUCUGUAUUUCAUCACUGGCACUCUUAUAUAGAAGACCAGAAAGAAAAACUUAAAAAUAUGGUAUUGCGGAUACAACGGAUCAUCUAUUGUCACAAGCUAACCAUUAUUCUAACAAAAUGGCGGAAUAGAGCAAGAUAUAAGAAUAAAAAGAAAGAAGAUGAGCUGAUAUCAAAACAUGAGCUUCAAUUGAAAAAAUGGAGAAAUAGGUUACUACUCAAAGGAGCUUCUGCAGGAAAAUCCGAUCUUCCUGAACAAAGUUCUUCUGAAGUCUGUCUUGUAGAUGAGACUCCAGAAUGUGACAUUUCACAGUUACCUGAAAGAGCAAUAUUGCAGAUUUUCUUCUACCUCAGUUUAAAAGAUGUUAUAAUAUGUGGUCAAGUUAAUCGUGCCUGGAUGUUGAUGACACAGCUAAGCUCACUGUGGAAUGCUAUUGAUUUUUCCACAGUGAAACAUGUGAUUCCAGAUAAAUAUAUAGUGUCUACUUUGCAAAGGUGGCGUUUAAAUGUGCUGCGUUUGAAUUUUCGUGGUUGUCUUCUCCGACCCAGAACUUUCAGAUCUGCCAGCCACUGUAGGAACUUGCAAGAGUUGAAUGUCUCUGACUGCCCAACAUUCACAGAUGAAUCAAUGAGACACAUUUCUGAGGGCUGUCCAGGGGUCCUGUAUCUCAAUCUGUCUAACACAACUAUCACCAACAGGACAAUGCGACUCCUGCCGAGGCACUUCCACAACUUACAGAAUCUUAGUUUGGCCUAUUGCAGAAGGUUCACAGACAAAGGCUUACAGUACCUGAACUUGGGGAAUGGAUGCCACAAGCUCAUCUAUCUGGACCUCUCCGGCUGCACCCAGAUUUCAGUCCAAGGCUUCAGGUACAUUGCAAACAGCUGCACUGGAAUUCUUCAUCUUACCAUUAAUGACAUGCCAACUCUGACGGACAACUGUAUAAAGGCUUUAGUUGAAAAGUGCUCUCAUAUUACAUCGAUGGUUUUCACUGGUGCACCGCAUAUCUCUGAUUGUACUUUCAAAGCUCUGUCUACUUGUAAACUCAGAAAGAUCCGAUUCGAAGGAAAUAAAAGGAUUACUGAUGCAUCCUUCAAAUUUAUAGACAAGAAUUAUCCAAAUCUCAGUCACAUUUACAUGGCUGACUGCAAGGGAAUAACAGACAGCAGCCUCAGGUCACUUUCACCUUUGAAGCAAUUGACUGUGUUAAAUUUGGCAAAUUGUGUAAGAAUUGGUGAUGUGGGACUAAGGCAAUUUCUUGAUGGUCCUGCAAGUGUAAGGAUAAGAGAGCUAAAUUUAAGCAACUGUGUGCAGCUAAGCGAUGUCUCUGUUAUGAAACUAUCUGAGCGCUGCCCUAAUUUAAACUACUUGAGUUUACGAAAUUGUGAACAUUUGACUGCCCAAGGAAUUGCAUAUAUUGUAAACAUCUUUUCGUUAGUAUCAAUAGAUCUCUCUGGAACAGAUAUCUCUAAUGAGGCUUUGAAUGUACUUUCCAGACAUAAAAACUUGAAGGAACUUUCUGUAUCUGCAUGUUAUAGAAUCACUGAUGAUGGAAUUCAGGCAUUCUGCAAAAGCUCACUGAUGUUGGAACGUUUGGAUGUCUCUUAUUGCUCCCAGCUGUCAGAUAUGAUUAUCAAAGCAUUGGCCAUUUACUGCAUUAACCUCACGUCUCUCAGCAUUGCUGGCUGUCCAAAGAUUACUGACUCAGCGAUGGAGAUAUUAUCAGCAAAAUGUCAUUACCUGCACAUUUUGGAUAUCUCUGGUUGUGUCUUGCUUACUGACCAAAUCCUUGAGGACCUUCAGAUAGGCUGCAAACAACUCCGGAUCCUUAAGAUGCAAUACUGCACAAAUAUUUCCAAGAAUGCAGCUGAAAGAAUGUCAUCUAAAGUUCAGCAGCAGGAAUACAACUCUAAUGACCCUCCACAUUGGUUUGGCUAUGAUAGGGCAGGAAACCCUCUUACACAGCCUGACAACAUAACAUCAUCUAAAGGAAGCUUAGAAUUAACAGUGGAAAAAUCAACAUACAGCAGUGAAGAGGAAGCAGCGUGACUUUCAGCCUCAAGCAGGAAGAACAAAAAACCUAGAACCCGGCAAGUUUUCUCCAUUUGUUGCAAGUAUGUGUACUAGCUGAAUCUCAAUAACAAUGUAAACAAGCAACAAACCAUCUUCUGAUUCUUAUUCCAACUAUAAAUGUUUCCAAAUACAUCAGUAGUUCUUCUGUCUAAAUAAUCAUGAUUUUAAAAAGAAGCCAAAUCAAGUACUGACUACAUAAAAUUUCUGCCUAAAUUUAAUCAAACCAAUAGUUUUGAUGAGAUUAUAAAACCUAAAGUUAUAGUUAUAUGAAACAACCCUGAGAAAUGAGACUUUUUUGACAAGAAAUUAAGAAAUUUUUCUUUAGAAAGGAAAAAGAUGGAGAUGGCCAUUAUGUCAAACUAAGAGUUUGGGCCAGGGCACAAAGGACCUGUGAUGUUUUAUAAAGCUUUAUAAAGAAUACAGACAUACAUUAAUAUUUUCAAAGGAAUGGGGCUUUCCUGUGGUUUCCAGAUAAUAACAAAAGAGAACUAAAUGCCACCAAUUAACUCUGGACUUAACAUUUGACUUAGCAGUCAGGGGCAAAUUAAAUAGAAACAAGAAUAUCUGAAUAGAAAGAAUGUCCCUGCAAUGUCUCAGAAAGAUAUCUCUUUAAUCAAAUUUGAACCAUGGAGGAAUUCUUAAAACUAUGCUAUGCCAAAAAAGAUGCCCCCUCAAUUUUAUGCUAGUAAGUAAGGGUUAUUAAUUGCAUAUCUACAUAUUAAAUUUUACUAAGCUUUAAUCUGUGGGUUUUUACUAUUAGUUGAUAUUAUAUAACACUGAUGUUGACACAGUCCAGGAGAAAGCACAACUCUGUUUUGACUGCCACAAACAAGCUGUGUCAGUAAUACCAGAUCAGUCUUAACCUUUCUGUUUCCUCAAUUACUUAUCUCUCACAUGGAUUUAGUUAUCUUUUUGUUUACCACAAAUUUCAAAUAAGGAUUAAAAACUUAAGAUAAAGCAUUGUUAUUUUGAAAAG